AUGCCGUCACGGCCUACCGUACAGUGCUGCCGAAUAGUCCAGCAACACAUUCGGGCGCCAUUGGACAAUAUAUGGAUCACAGACGGCGUGCUGGCGAGCGCCUUUGAGCGUUACUGCCAUGUAUCGCGUCUCGCGCGUCGGAAGUCGAGCUCCCUGCCGGGCCCGUUGGAAAGCAGGAAGCGGCUGGGCAGAAGGAAAAUGACGGAUGUGCACAUGGACCAUCAAUCGACGUUGCCUCCCUGGGCGAUUGAAUUUCCCGUCGAUCUAAGCCAAUGGAAGUGGCAACCCCCAACUGCUCGUCGAGCAAGAGAGGGGAAGGAUACGCAAAGCCAGCAUAGCCAGUCGGUCCUAUCGUGGGUCGCGACGCCAAGGAUGGAGGGGAUACAGAUUGGCAAGGAAGAUACCAGACAGGUUCAGGACGAAAUCUAUUCAUCUACAAACGUGCUUAUGGGAAAGCUCUUGAAAGCCCGGUCUGCUGUCGCUGCAUCUACGCCCCAGGCAAUCGAAUCUACAUACUACCACUUUAUUGGGGGGCUUCAACAAGAUCUCCAGCUGGGUAUCCUUGACCCCGAGGACUUGGACAUAGCCGUUUCAACCUUCCCUCAAUCCUUGUUCGACACCGAGACCGAUCGCGAUGUGGUCAACGCAGCCAUCGAGAUGUUUCUUUCGGCCGUUGUCAACGGAAUUGCAUCCUCUAAGGUCCUGGGACCGAAAGAAUUCGAAGGCAGCUUCUGGAACCAGCUGCUAAUGCGUAUAGCACAACUGCCUGUCAAUGACGCGACGACUCUUUUGUUUCAAACUACCCUCGACGCAAUUCCUUCUCACUAUGUCAGCGAUGUUCAAGAGGGCAUCAUUGCGGCUGUGCAAACACUAACUAUGUCUCGGUCAACCGGGCGCAAACGGGCAGCGGAUAUUGGCGUCGCGCUUCGCGAACUAUCAUCUGCCGACCAUGGCACGUUACUCCGCAAAAUGGAAACUGCCGUCUACGAAGGUUCGACGGCCUUCGGAGAAGCCGCUGCCAAAAAGCUUCGUUUUGUUUGGUUGCAAAUUUUAGCCCACAUGCCGCAGGUGAAGCAGGACUAUCUUCUAGACGCUUGCGUCAGAUCAGCCUAUUUUGACCCAGAAGUACCCGAGCCUCUCGGCCGAGACCUCAGCCGGCUUCUUAUACAGCAAUGGAACAGUCGUGGAUACUUGCAAAACCACGAAGCUAUCGAAGCCCGAUGGAGCCAGGAUUCCGCUGAACAAUCAGACCUUAGUCUUGCUGCACUGGUCAUCCAUGUUUGCGACUGCGAAUCACCCGGCCGAACCCUUGCGCUGCUGAGGAGUCUUCUUAAGGCUGUCCGUCGAUUCGGAUGCCAGGAUGAGCUGAUGAGUUCAAUUCAAAGAUUCUGCAAAAGCAAGGAUCAUCUGCCCGUCCAACCUUUCAAGCAGCUGGCCAUCGCGAGCGACGAUUACAACAUGGCGCUCGUUUUGUUGACGCUCCUAGAGAGCCAUGCGACCAAAGUGUAUGGGAAGAUCCAGUCACAAUGGAACUGGACGAGGUGGACGAAAUACGUAGAGGCCAUGAUCAAGGAUGAGUCCCUCGAUAUCGCCACCGUUUGGAAGGUUGUCAGCAGUGGCGCAACUAUGAGAAACCAAAGCGCAGCACAACGAGAGCGGCUCACAAAGAAGAAGGCGGCACUGUUGGAAAAUAUGGUUAUCUGGUUUUCCCAAGCAGAGCAUCUGACUGACAGGACGAGAUUACGGCAUAUGUCUUUAUGUGUUACGUGGCUCCAAGAUAAUCACAUCAAACUUUCCAGGAAAGUAGUCACGGCUCUGGUAAUGGAAGUAACACAGGACUUGAAAAGGGGCGAGUAUGGACGGUCGCGACGGAUAGGGUGGGUCUUGGAUCUCGUUGGACGAUAUCAGGGACCGGAAGAGCGACGAGCGGUUGCUCGAGUGUUCCAACGAUGGAGGGUUGUCAUUGGGGAGCUGGACGCAAAGAAGCCCAGCGACGAAUAG